AUGCCGUUCAACGAUGAGCUCGACAGCCCCGACUUCCGGGCAUGGCUCACAAAAACCAUCGAGCCAUUAUGCGAUGCCGAUCCAGCUGUACUUUCCGACUACAUCAUCGCGCUGUUAAAGCAUGAUGCUUCGAUGGAGGAGGCAGAGUGGAAAGACUUCAUCACGAAAGAACUGACAGACUUUCUCGAAGCUUCCUCUGCACCCUUCGUAGACACCCUCUUCACAGCCCUCUCCACAAAAUCCUACAACGCAGCGGUACCAACCCCUGUCCCUGCCCCCGUAGCGACACUUCCUAUACCAACAGGUCCGGCAGUAGAUAUCCCUCAAUACCAUCCGCAAUUCCCCGCGGCUGGCCCCUCGUCUGGCGCACCCGCUGGAGAGGAUGUGUCUAUGCAGGACGCCACGGCUGCAGUGGGCAAGUCGGGCAGGCCAAAGUGUCGUGACUAUCAUGAAAGAGGCUAUUGUAUGCGCGGAGCGAACUGUCAAUUCGAACACUCUGAAGACGUCUUGAUCCCUACCCCGGAUAUGAUGUUCCCAGGCUUCUUCCCUCCAUUCAUGGGUAUGCCCCCCGGCUUCCCUGGCAUGCCCAGCAUGCCCCCUGGAUUCCCUCAGAGAGGAAGAGGUGGACCAAGGGGUAGAGGCGGACAUCCCGGCCGGGGCGGCCGCCCCGAACCCGACGAGAAUUUUCUCGGCAACCGCGAACCCCCCAAAGACCGCAACGGCAACACCCUCGUCGUCUCCGACAUCCCCCGUCAAAACCUCACCAUCCCCUCCAUCAAAGACUACUUUUCCCAAUUCGGCGAAGUCACCAACGUCGCCAUCGACGCCAAGAGCGCUCGCGCAUUGGUCAGUUUUACGUCGAAUUUCGAGGCGUACCAGGCGUGGAAGUCGGAUCAGGCGAUCUUUGAUAAUAGGCAUGUGAAGGUGCUUUGGCAUAGACCUCAUCCUGGACAGGGGGCAGCUGGGCAGAAGGCGUUGGAGGCGAGUAGGACGUUGUUGGAGAAUAUGAAGAAGAUCGAGGCGGGUGAGGGGGGGCAGAAGGUGCCGCCAAAGUUUAGUGGGCCGGAGCAGCGAUUACAGGCAGCGCUUGCCGAGCUCGAGCAUCGGGAACGUCAAUCCAAGAAAGAGCCGCUCAUGGCCGAGCAAAAGAUCUUGCUUGCUCGCGCUAGCAAGUCUACCAAGGAGGAGAAAUUGACGAUUCUCAAGAGGCUGAAGGCGAUUGCGAAAGAAAUCGAAGUGUUGAAUAACCCGCCGCCAAAGCCCGAGGGGAUGGAAAUAGACGAGACAAAAGCCAAGUUGGACCAGGAAUUGGCGGCGCAUGGCAUGGAGCAGGGAAGCGAUGCAGAGCUUGUCCGGCUGAGUAGCCAGCUGGCUUCAUUGAAGGAAAAGGCGAAUACCUACGGCAUUUCCCCACGAUACUCGCCUUACGCACCCCGUGGUCGUGGUCGCGGCCGAGGCCGGGGCGGUCGUUCCGUCCACACACUCGACAAUCGCUCGCGCACAAUUGUCGUCUCGGGCGACAACCUCGCCGACGAAGGGACGAGGAAGGUUGCUGUCGAUUGGUACGAGUCUACUGGAGGGGCGGUCGAAGUCGUCGAAGGGAGCUUGAGGAUCUCGUAUCCUCAGAGAGAAAUGGCUGAAAAGGCCCUUGCUCUGGGGACGGACCAGAUCCGAGAACAGACUGGUAUCAUCCGGACAGCAUGGGAAGCUCCUCGAGCACCCGACGUGGAAAGCUACUACCAGCCGGUCGAUGUCGAAAUGGGCGUCGGCGCUUCCAUGGGCGAGACGGGUGAAGAGGAACGUAGAGGCGAGAGGAACGAUGACGAAUAG